AUGAUACUCCAGCUAGAACAUAUUACCAUCAGAACAAAAGAGGUUAUGAAUAUGAACAGAUGGUCAAAAACAUCCCGCUUUUUCCGCGUUCUUUUAGUACUAUGUUGCUGGGCAGUCAUCGCGGUGCUUGUUGAGCACUAUAUAGUGUUUAUAAGACGAAUAAACCAGGUUCUCACAGACCAACAGCAACCACUGGCGAGAAUCAGGCAUCUGGGGUCUCCGCAUUCCCAUUUUCAUGUCAGACGGAUUUACAACCCAGGUAUCCACAACGGAGACGUCCACGACCAGUUUUAUUACCACAGCAACCACUAUGUCCAUGAAAGCUCUGCGACGCAGGAACUUUUUACAAAUUUGCCGGAAACAGUGGAUACGUGGAGAACAAACCAGCGCCUCAAUGGUGAUGGAAAAGAUACCAAAUUAGAAGAGGGCCCCAAAGUUUUUAAUAGAUCGGGGAAUCUAAAAUACAACAUUACAGUCAACAAACCAGUCACUCCAUCGGUAAAGUCAAUUUUGCUUUGGAACGAUUACCAAUACUACUACGACGUGAAGCGGGAGCCACUUUUUGAGUCUUGUCCAGUAAAUUCAUGUGUCAUUACGACUGACAGAAACCAAUCCGCUAUUGUGGACGCGAUUAUAUUCAACGUGGCGCCUAGAGCAUUUCACCAAGAAUGCCAGGGAGUGGAAAAAGAGUGUGAAAUUCCACUUUUAAAACCCAAACACCAAAUCUGGGUGUUCCACACACUGGAACCGUCCUGCCUAACUUCCAUGAGAAAGCAAGACAACAAAGAAAUGUUAUUCAACUCGUUUAAUUGGACGUUCACAUAUAAGAGAAACUCCGAUGUGUUCACUCCUUACGGAAUGAUUAUAAAACGAGACGAACCUCUCACACGCAACUUCUCAGAGAUUAUCAAAGCGAAAAAGAAACUGGUUGCUUGGGUGGUCAGUGAUUGUACCACCAGAAGUAGGAGAGAAGAGUAUGUUGCAGAGUUAAGUAAAUACAUCAAUGUGGAUAUACUAGGUGACUGUGGAAGACCAUGUAGAAACUGCUGGAGAUAUAUCAAUGUGACAUACAAGUUUUACCUCGCCUUUGAGAACAACCUGGCGGACGACUAUGUCUCUGAGAAGUUUUUCAGAUCUUGGAAUUUGGACGUAGUUCUUGUGUCAAGAAGCGGAGCCAAUUACUCAAUCUUUGGUGUGCUCCCAGAAAUGCACAUAGACACGUCAGAUUUUACGACACCAAAGGCUCUGGCAGAGUACCUCCUUUUGCUAGAUAGGAACGACACGCUGUACUUACAAUAUUUAAACUGGAAAAAUUACUACCGGACAACAAGACCUAUGGAUGGACCGUAUGUUAACUGGUGCAGUUUUUGUAGUAAAUUACACGAGGAACCUCAAAUAUCGAAUGUUUAUUCUAAAAGUGAGCUAUGGGACUGGCUAUAUGGGUCUGGAACUUUAAAUGGAUGCAGAGCUCCGACUGACCUUGACUUUAAUAAGACAGACACUGUUACGGAUAGAGAAGCAGAACUCGAAUGA